AUGGGAUUCUCAUCCCGGUAUCUCCGCAUUCCGCGGCCAGAGACCUUUCUGUAUGUGAUGAGCCUGGAGACAGGCGCAUCGCUGAUUACUCUAUCGCUACUACUCAACAAGAUCAGUGGCCUGUAUGGCCUGCUCGCCCUGCUGACAGGCUACCACCUGUCUCCCGUCCAACUGUCCAUGUACCUCUACUCCCUCAUCGCCCUCGCUCUCGCCGCGCUGCUCUUCCCGCAUAUCCGCAAACAAUCACCGCUCGAGUGUCUCGCCCUUGCCUGGCUGUACCUGCUCGACAGUCUCAUCAAUGCCGCCUACACGGCAGCCUUUGGUGUGACGUGGUUCCUCAUUGUAUCUCAGCAUUACGACAGUGGCAAGGCAUCCGGCCCAGGCAGUGAAACAAUCGCACAGACCGCCGGCUUCACCAGCCCCAAGUACGAUGCUGCUUACGUCGAGAUCCAGAACACAAAGGAAGGAAACAACUUCAUCGCCCAUCCCCCUCGCAGCGCCGACCACCUCAGCAAUGCCGUCUACCAGCCCGAGAGCUUCCAAAGCAUCGUGUUCAUCUGCAUGCUGUGGGUUGUCCGUAUCUACUUCGUCCUUGUGAUGCUCGCUUUUGCUCGCCAAACCCUUCGCCUCUGGAUUGUCAUCCCUCGCCACACCCAACUUCCCACCCACAGCCGCAAUGUCUCGGUCGCAAGCGUUGCUGACAUCGACCGGGAGCCGUUCUCGGCAACCAGCCCCGAAGGCCAGGGUUGGCGGGGCAAGCUUGGUCGUAUCAUGGUCGGCAUUGGUCGCAGCUACUGGCUUGGUGAAGAGGAGGAGGGCAACUGGCUGGGUAAUCUGGGUCAAAAAUUCCGCAACCGCAGCAGCAACAGCACCGAGUUGCCUGGUCCUUUGGAGCGUGAACGCAGACGUCGAUCGGGAACUGGCCCCCUCAGCCAUCACAGUCGGUCGUUCGGAGCACUGUACUUCAACAACCUAUCCUCGAGCAUGUUCCUGGUAUGA